UUAAGAGUCAACGCCAAAGUCACAACAAGGAAGUAAAUUCUCGUGCUGCCUGUAUUUCUUGUAGUAAUCUUGUUACAAAGAGGGAUCGCUGGUUUUGUAAAAGCAUCCACUUAAAGAUUACGUGAUCUUGUUUCGAAACAGCAGCUUUAAUCAGCCUGUUUCUUUGGAUAUGUUUCGGUGGCUCAUUUACGAAGAUAAAAUUUAAGGAAACAUUUGUUUUGAAUGGGUAAUUUUUCUUUUUUCGAUCCCCCAUAUAUUAUCCAAAGCGCUCUUUAAAGCACUUUAUGUCAGGAUCAAGUUGACAUUAUAUACAGGAAACCUCAGCGUUCCUCUGUAAAGGCAGGGCAGUCUUCAAUCAAAAUGAAGAUGAUCACCUUUUUCCUGAUGGGACUAACAGUCCAUGUAGUUUUCUUCCUAUCUAUCUUUGACAUCUACUUCACAUCCCCUUUGGUCCACGGCAUGACACCCCAGUCCACGCCGCUGGCACCCCCUGCCUCCAGACUGGUGUUGAUUGUGGCUGAUGGCCUCAGAGCUGAUAGUCUCUUCACGCUGCUUCCCAACAGCUCAAGUAGAACUCCAUUCCUAAGGACCGUAAUAGAGGAGACCGGCACCUGGGGCGUCUCUCAUACACGUGUACCUACUGAGUCUCGGCCCGGUCACGUUGCUUUGAUCGCAGGCUUCUAUGAGGAUGUCAGUGCAGUUGCUAAAGGUUGGAAGGAGAAUCCAGUAGAGUUUGAUUCAGUGUUUAAUGAGAGCAGAAGCACCUGGUGCUGGGGGAGCCCAGACAUCCUCCCAAUGUUUGCCAAAGGUGCAACUGGUGACCAUGUUUAUACCCACACAUACCCAGCAGAGGAAGAGGACUUUGCUUCAACAGAUGCAUCCAGGCUGGACACCUGGGUUUUCACUCAAGUCAAGUCCUUCUUUCAAGCCGCAAAGACUAACUCCACUCUGAAAGCCACUCUGCUUGAGGAUAAAAACAUCUUCUUUCUGCAUUUGCUUGGCAUCGACACUAAUGGGCAUGCUCACAGACCAAUGUCACAGGAAUACCUGGACAACAUUGCCCUGGUGGACACUGGUGUAGCCGAGGUUGUGUCUUUGAUGGAGGACUUCUUUGGCCAUGAUGGGAGAACUGCCUAUGUGUUUACCUCUGAUCAUGGCAUGACAAACUGGGGUUCCCACGGUGCAGGCCAUCCUUCUGAAACGCUCACACCGUUAGUGGUGUGGGGAGCUGGAGUUAACAGGGCCCAGAGAGUCAUAGAAGCCCAGCCAUAUGAGGAUGGAUACUUAAAAGAUUGGAACUUGGAGCAUAUUCGUAGAGCUGAUGUAAAUCAGGCUGAUAUUGCUCCACUCAUGGCUUCUCUCCUUGGUUUGCCCAUUCCAGUUAACUCUGUUGGAGUGACGCCUCUCCUCUACCUCAACAACAGUGACCAGUUCAAAGCUGAAAGCAUGUACACUAAUGCCAUCCAAGUACUGGAGCAGUUCAAGAUGAAAAUGAUCCAGAAAAAAGAGACAACUCUACCUUUUCUGUUCACACCAUUCCAACUCCUGACUGAGUCAAAGCAAGCCGAAUUCACUCACAGGGCCCGGAUACUGAUACAGUUAGAGAAGUACAAUGAUGCUAUCACUCUGUGCCAGUCUCUGAUAUCCCUGUCUCUAGAGGGCCUGGUCUACUACCACACCUACGACAGGUUCUUCCUGGGUUGCAGUGUGGUGCUGGGAUUCAUAGGCUGGACGUCGUAUGUCAUCUUGGUUAUACUGAGGACUCACGCCAGCCUCAUUCGUCAUCCCAACCUCGCUAAACAGAAUCCCAAUCAGAAUUUGGCCAGGUUUUGUGUUGCUGUGGCUCUGGUGAUCACUCUGUUCCUGCUUAUCCAAAGAAGUCCUAUUACCUACUAUAUAUACUGCUUGCUGCCAGUUCCUGUGUGGUACUCUGCUUUAAAAGAGUCUGGAGCUCUGUCAGAUCUGAUCCGAUCAGCUCCCUCUCUGCCACUCUGGAAAUGUUUGGGCUAUUUUGUGCUGGUUGCAUUUGGGAUCGAGUUGCUUGUGGUGAGUUUCUUUCAUCGCUCCAUGCUGACUGUAGGCCUGGCUUUCCUUUCGCUGUGGCCACUCCUUUCGGGAUUGUUUGGCAAAGCCAAGCUUCGCUCACUGAGCUGGUUUCUUGGCUGCCUGUGCUUGGCUGUUUUCCCCCUGAUGCCCGUUGUGGGCAGAGAGCCUAACCUGCGUCUGGUGUAUGAAAAAUGCAUCAUCAUUUUAAGUAGAAGUUGUGGGUGGAAGUUGCUAGAAAUGGUUGCAAGGAUGUAUUUCUUCUGUAGUGCCUGUGCAGGCCUGCUUACUCUCUUCACUUCGGCCUGUUAUCUCUGGUCAUCACAGCGGAGGACACCGCUGCGCACAAGCGACAGACGGCAAUUUUUCAGUCAGAUGAUCCAUGUGGCCGUGUGUUUGUAUGUCCCAUCGCUCACACAUUCCAGCCUGCAGCAGAAACAAGGCCUGCCCCUUCUAAAUCAGAUCAUCAGCUGGAGCACAUUAGCAUCUUCUAUUUUUGUUCCUCUUUUGAGCUCAACGCGUCUCUUUCACCGACUCCUCAGCAUAUUUUUGUCUCUCACAUCCACUUACUUGCUUCUCAGUACUGGGUCAGAGGCCUUGUUCCCUCCGGUUUUGUCUUGGUUGAUGUUUGUGUGGAUCAACAUUGAACAGGAGGCCUUACUCGCUCAGGGGGACUCCAGAAGACAGGAGCUGUCUACAAUUGAUUUCUCAGCCAACAUUGACAUUACCAAAAUCCGACAGCUGAAGCUGGACGACAUCAGAAGAUCAUAUUUUUUUGUAUUUUUUAUAAUAACAGCUUUCUUUGGCACAGGGAACAUAGCGUCCAUUAACAGUUUUGACCCAGCCUCCAUCUACUGUUUCCUCACUGUUUUCAACCCGUUUAUCAUGGGGGGGCUCAUGAUGUGGAAGGUUAUUAUUCCAUUUAUCAUAGUAAUGUGUACCUUUGAGACCAUCCAGGUUGCAACACAGCUCUCAUCAAGAAGUUUAUUCCUCAUUGUCCUGGUCAUUUCUGAUGUCAUGGCACUGCAUUUCUUCUUCCUGGUGCAAGACUAUGGAAGCUGGUUGGAUAUUGGCACAAGCAUUAGUCACUACGUGAUAGUGAUGUCGAUGACGAUCUUCCUGAUGCUGCUAAGUGUGGUCACACACGUUCUCACCUCAAAAAGACUCAUCCUGUGGAAUAGAUCGAAGAUGCACUUUCCUUAGAUACAAAUUUAUUUUGCCUCAAAAGUUGUAGGUUGUGUAUGCCAAAUGUUUUGUAUUUAUUCUGUCUAGAUAUACUUAGUAUAGUUUUUAUAUAAAUGCAUUAAUGUGGAAAGUACCUUCAAAGAGCUCAAGAAUCAAUUUUGCCAAGCCCUGUUUUUACACCACCCUCUAAACACCCAGUUAUUUUUUUUUUCAGGUGUAAUUGUAAAUUAAAUAAAAAAAUAAUUGGACGUGUGUUUUGAAUAUUUAACUAUAAAUUAAUCAUUUUUUUAAACAAACUCUGGAUUUGUGAUUUUAAAGUUUAACACAAGCUUGUGUAAAGGGUACAUGGAAUUUAAUAAAGGGAAAGGAUGUUUUUACCUGUUGUUGCAUAUUCACUAAUAAAAAAAAAAGGAACCAGGAA